CCGUUUCAACCAGAAGUUUCCAAAAUGGUGAUCGAAAGUACUAUGGUCUGCGUGGACAACAGCGAGUACAUGCGAAAUGGCGAUUUUCUACCGACGAGGCUCCAAGCUCAGCAAGACGCCGUCAACAUCGUGUGUCACUCCAAAACACGAAGCAACCCCGAGAACAACGUGGGCCUCAUCACCAUGGCCAAUAACUGUGAGGUGCUGACCACGCUGACGCCUGAUUCUGGACGCAUCCUGUCCAAGCUUCAUGCGGUCCAGCCCAGAGGGAACAUCUGCUUCUGCACAGGCAUUCGAGUGGCUCAUCUGGCUCUAAAGCAUCGCCAAGGUAAAAACCACAAGAUGAGGAUCAUCGCCUUUGUGGGGAGUCCCGUGGAGGAUAACGAAAAAGAACUUGUCAAAAUGGCAAAGCGCUUGAAAAAGGAGAAGGUGAAUGUGGAUAUUAUCAACUUUGGAGAAGAGGAGUUGAACACGGAGAAGCUGACUGCCUUCAUCAACACGCUGAACGGCAAGGAGGGCGCGGGCUCUCACCUGGUCACAGUGCCCCCGGGACCCAGCCUGGCCGACGCCCUGCUCUCCUCGCCCAUUCUGGCCGGCGAGGGCGGCUCCAUGAUGGGCCUCGGCGCCAGCGACUUUGAGUUCGGCGUCGACCCCAGCGCCGACCCGGAGCUCGCCCUUGCCUUGCGCGUGUCCAUGGAGGAGCAGCGUCAGAGGCAGGAGGACGAGGCCCGCAGAGCCACGGCCGCGUCAGUGGCCGAGGGCAGUGUGCCCAUGCCCGCGGUGGAUGAAUCAGAGGAGGCUUUGCUGAAGAUGUCCGUGUCGCAGCCUGAGCCGGGCGCCGCCGUGAUACCCGACUUCAGCAGCAUGACUGAGGAGGAGCAGAUCGCAUACGCCAUGCAGAUGUCCCUCGCCGGAGGAGAGUAUAGUGAUAUGGACACAAGUGUUCCAAUGGAUGCUACAGACUCUGUUAAGGAGGAAGACGACUACGACGUGAUGCAAGACCCAGAGUUCCUGCAGAGCGUGCUGGAGAACCUGCCGGGCGUGGACCCCAACAACGAAGCCAUCCGCAACGCCAUGGGUUCCCUGGCUUCGCAGACGGGCAGCAAGCCCGACAGCAAAAAAGACGACGAGAAGAAGAAAUGAGGGCCAACAAAUGUUUAGCUGUGAAAUGAUGAUCAUGAACCACAUAGUAAUGUCAUUUACCAACCUUUUCAGACUCUUAAAAGCACCCCAAUAAACAACCAU